AUGCCAUCCCCGCAAGACUCCACCGCCGAAACCGGCAAGGAAUUGACACCUGCAGCCGAUGAACAGGCCUCAGAGAGAAAACUGUCCAAUUUGCACCAGUUCAUUAUCAAUAAACAAACUCAGAAGAGUGAGUUGGAGGCUCAAAUCGCCGAAGCCAAGGCUCAACUGAAGGAUGACCCCCAGACCACGGUCCAACGACACAUUCGGUUGCUGCACGAAUACAACGAAAUAAAGGACAUUGCUCAAGGGCUACUGGACCUGAUUGCGGAUGCUCGGGGAGUGCGACAUAUCGACGUCCAAAGAGAGUAUGGUGUGGGUGAUCGCGACUGA